AUGUUCUCGCUUCUUGUCUGGGUCCUCGUCUGUGUCUUUCAGGUGGUAGCUUCCGCUCCUACCAAUGAUCUCGUCAAACGUCAAGGUGGCUUCUAUUAUUCAUUCUGGUCCGAGGGCGGUGGAAAUUUUAGGUGCACCAACGGCGCAGGCGGACAAUACAGCUGCACCUGGUCUGGAAAUGGAGGGUUUGUAGCAGGCAAAGGUUGGCGCGGUGGUGGGAAUAGGGUUGUGAAGUACAGUGGAACAUACGAACCUAAAGGUCCGGGUUACUUGGCCGUGUACGGCUGGACCCGUAAUCCCCUCAUCGAAUACUAUGUUGUGGAAUCGCAUGGCGAUCUCGCGGCAAACGAACCAUGGACGUCCAAAGGAAAUUUCACCUCAGAGGAAGGAACGUAUGAGAUAUACCAAAGUCAACGAGUCAACAAACCUUCCAUUGAAGGAACGAGAACUUUCUACCAGUUUUGGUCGGUACGCACGGAAAAGAGGGUAGGUGGCACGGUGACUAUGAAGACGCACUUCGACCAAUGGGCAAAAGCAGGUAUGAAAUUGGGGAACCAUGAUUACAUGAUUCUUGCGACGGAAGGCUUCACAAAUGGCAAAAAUACAGGGAGUGGUACGUCUUCGAUCACAGUCUCGUGA